GGCGCGGCCUCGGGGGGCGGCGGCGGGAGCGGCACCGGCACCUCCGGGACCGGGCCCCGAACCGGGACCGGUACCGGGAGCGGCACCGAGACCCGCACCGGGAGCGGAACCGGGACCGGCACAGGGACCCGCACCGGGAGCGGAACCGGGAGCGGCACCGGGACCCGAACCGUGACCCGCACCGGGAGCGGCACCGACACCUCUAGGCCCCGCACCGGGAGCGGCACCGGCACCUCCAGGCCCCGAACCGGGACCGGGACCCGCACCGGCACCUCUGGGCCCCGCACCGGAACCAGCACCGGGACCCGCACCGGCACCUCCGGGCCCCGCACCGGGACCGGGACCCGCACCGGCACCUCCGGGCCCCGCACCGGGGCCCGCACCGGAACCGGCACCGGGCCAUGGCGCUGCCGCUCGGAGCCGCCGUGCAGGACCCCGGGCUGGCGAUGGCUCACGGAGCACCGGGGACAGAUGAUUUGGAAAUCCUGGAAGAGGUGAUGAAGGAGGACGGCUUCCAGCCCGAGCCGCCUCCCAGCAUUCCCAAAUCCCUUCCCAAGCUGAUCCCGCGCGGCUCCGACCCCUCGGGCUCGGCGGAUUCCCGGGAAUCCGGGAGCGCCCGCCUGGCUCAGACCCUGCGGGAGCUCUCGCUGUCGCCGGGCUCGCGGUGGUGCCAAACGCCGGGAACGGCGCUGGAAAAGCGGGAGAAGCUGGAAAAGAGGGAAAAGCCGCGCCUGGUGAUCACGGAGCAGCCGAAGCAGCGCGGGAUGAGGUUCCGCUACGAGUGCGAGGGAAGAUCCGCCGGGAGCAUCCUGGGGGAAAACAGCACCGAGGCCGCCAAGAGCCUGCCCAGCAUCGAGCUCCUGAACUGCCAGGGCAUCCCGGAGGUGGCGGUCACGGCGUGCCUGGUGUGGAAGGAUUGGCCCCACCGGGUGCAUCCCCACGGCCUCGUGGGCAAGGACUGCGCCCAGGGGCUCUGCCGGGUGCUGCUCAAGCCCCACGCCAACCCCCGGCACAGUUUCAGCAACCUGGGCAUUCAGUGUGUGAAGAAGAAGGAGAUCGAGGCCGCCAUCGAGAAGAAGCUGCAGCUCGGGAUCGACCCCUUCAAAGCGGGAUCCCUGCGGAACCACCAGGAGGUCGAUCUCAACGUGGUCCGGAUUUGCUUCCAGGCCUCGUUCCGGGACCGCGCCGGGAUCCCCCGGAGCCUCAGCCCGGUGCUGUCCCAGCCCAUCUUCGACAAGAAGUCCACGAACACGUCGGAGCUGCGCAUCUGCCGCAUGAACAAAGAGAGCGGCCCCUGCACGGGCGGCGAGGAGCUCUACCUGCUCUGCGACAAGGUCCAGAAAGAGGACAUCGCGGUGAUCUUCCGGAAGGAGUCCUGGAGGCGCGCGCGGAUUUCUCCCCGUUCCCAACCCCACAUUCCCAACCCCACAUUCCCACAUUCCCACAUUCCCAAAUUCCCGAUGAUUCCUGUUCCCAGAGGACAUCGCGGUGAUCUUCCGGAAGGAGUCCUGGGAGGCGCGCGCGGAUUUCUCCCUUAUCCCAACCCCACAUUCCCACAUUCCCAACCCCACAUUCCCACAUUCCCACAUUCCCAAAUUCCCGAUGAUUCCUGUUCCCAGAGGACAUCGCGGUGAUCUUCCGGAAGGAGUCCUGGGAGGCGCGCGCGGAUUUCUCCCUUAUCCCAACCCCACAUUCCCACAUUCCCAACCCCACAUUCCCACAUUCCCCAC